UGAACAAUGGCGGAUCCAGUUCUUCAAUCUCCGAAAAACUCACAUUUCUUCCAGCCACUUCUUCCCGGCUUCGACUCUUACCUUAACAUUCCUGUGAAGUUUUUCUCAAAACGCAUACAAGGAAGAAACGAAGGAAGGACAGUGGAGCUAAGAACCGACGCGUCUGAAAAAACUUGGCAAGUUAAGAUCCAAGGUCGGAGACUAACAGUGGGCUGGAAAGAGUUCGCCAGCGCGCAUGAUUUCCGAGUUGGGGAUAUUAUCGUUUUCAGACACGAAGGAUCUUUGGUAUUUCAUGUCACUGCAUUGGGACCCAGUUGCUGUGAGAUUCAAUAUGUACCGUCUUGCAAUAAUCAGGAGAACAUUAGUAACUUGUCGAUGAAGCAGAGCAUAAAAACAGAACUAGAGUCUUCACUCGACGAAGACAAAGUUAACAUGGGAAAGUUUCCAAGAAAAAAACAUGUGAAGAAGAGGAUUCCUGAAGCAGAAGCCAAGUCUUUUUCAUCAGACAAGUCCUGUUUCGUUGCACAUGUAACAGAUUCUAACUUACGAGAGGAUACACUGUUUCUUCCAAGGAAGUUUGAUAGGUCCGAUGGUCUGAUUAAAGGAAGUAACAAGAUUGUUCUGAUGAAUGAAGAAGCAAGGACAUGGACGCUUAUUCUGAAGUUUAGGAAUUCAAGUAGAACGUUUUACAUGAGGGGUGGCUGGACAAGUUUCUCCAUGAGCAUGGGCUUAAACCUGGAGAUUCCGUCACGUUUAAACUAGAGAGGAAUAACACCAAAACGCCUCUUCUUCGUUUCUCCACUGCAGAAUUAAAGAGUGUUUCCACUAAAGAUUUCAACAAAAUAAAGAGAAAGGAAUCUGGUGACAGUAGCCAAAAAGUUCCAUCAUCGUCAUCUUCAGUAAGUGAAUACCGAUUUUUGACACUAACCGUCACACCAGCCGCUCUCAAAGAUGGUAGACUUCGUGUUCCAAUCAAAUUCAUUAAGGGUAACCGAAUGGAAAACCUAGGAAUGAAGAAGAUAACUCUGUUGGACAAGCAUGGAGUAGAGUGGCCAGUGAAUUUAGUCAUGUACAAGGGAAAUACACAGACGCGAUUCGGUUCAGGGUUGAAAGAGUUUUUCAAGGCUAAUGGCAUCGAGGCAUGCAAAUCUUUUGUGUUGGAGUUGGUUUGAG